GGCGCGUCUCCCCAGCACCCAGGACCGAGGCUUCAGAGUCUUCCACAGCAGCCCGAGCUGAGCUGCGACGGCAUCUCGGGGCAGAAUGACUCAGCCUGAGCCCCAGGCUGCGUGUCCUUCUGUGUGCGACUCCAAGCUCCAGACAACUGUAAACAACUGGGAUCCCUAUGCCACCACAAUGAGGACAGCUUUCACACCGAAAUCAGGAGCAGCACCUGCAUUAAUUCGUCAAAAAAGCAUCCGAAGAUUAGGAUACACCUACUCACUAAGCGACCCCAUGCCCAAUCAGACCCUGUACAAUGAUGAAUAUGUUUGGAAAUCAUAUUCUAAGGAGGACUUGCUCAAAAAUGGGACUUCAAGAAAAACCAGGCAUCACAAAUCCCAUCCCAAACAAGACUUGUUUCUGUGGACACUACCUAAAGGCCAACAACGGACAGCACUGAAGAGCUGCCUGCCUUGGAAAAUCCCUGCUUCGGUGGAGGAAGUUAGGCAGGCGCUGUCCAAUCAGUUUGUUUCCUGUACCAGGAGAGACUUUGUGGAUGUAUCAAAAGAUCAGAAGGUUAAGGAAAGUUCACCAGUGUCUCUGGAAAGGAAAAAGUUGAUCCCCCGACCACUCGACACCGAGUUUCAACGGAAUUAUCAAACUCCAGCUAAAAUCCCAGAGCUGCAGGAUUUCAGCUUCAGAUACGGGUGCUACUCAAGCUUGCCCAUCGCUUCUCAGGGUCUAGUCCCCUCUGUGCUGCACAGCUUCAUGAGGAAUCAAGAACGCACCAAGAAGCAGACCAUAUACCAGAGUGACUACGGGAAGGAUUACCUGGACGUCUUAAUGAUCUUAAACUCCUUUAAUCCCUCCCAAAUCAAAGAGUACCUUCAGGGCAUUUCCUUCAAAGACAGGCAAAUUCUUGAUCGUUUUAUUCGUUCUCACUGUGGCAUUGACAAAGGCAAGAAAUGAAAGAGGAAAAUAGUUCAAAUGAAGACAAUCUCAAAAAUCACUGGAGCCAUUGGAACCUGUCUAGUCGUUCUCUUACUAAUCAAGGAAAAAUAAGAUAGAAAUUGUCUCAAAUGUGCUGUGAUAGUCAUGUGUUUGUAUAUCUUGUUCUGUUUUAUUUUUAAGCAGUGAAAUCAUUGAAGGCUACAGAUGUUCCCCUGAACACAACUUUAGCUAUAUCCUAAAGGUUUGAUGUUUCAUUUUUUUUUCCUUUUUUCCUUUAGAUCCUUAAUUUGUGCUUCUAAUUUCAAUCUUUCUGAGAAACAAGAAUUAUGUGGGAGGGAUUUCUUAAUUCCUCAAUAAUUAGACAAGUUGAACACAUUUUAUUAUUGAUCUCUGUUGAAGGAAAAUAAUGAUGUAAAGUUACCCUAAAUUUUCUCUAGUGCUGUUAAUCUAAAUUAUGAUUUGUGUUAAGUCAAUUAAAAAGAAAAAUUUUAUUUGUUGUAUCUUUAAAUCCUUCAUAUCUUUGCCUAUGUACUUAAACCACCAAGUCCUGAAAGGAAAUUAAAAA